UAUCCGUAUUUCUAAAGGAUCAAAUAUUAUCCAUAGAUGGUAUAUUCAUCUAAUUCCUCAUGAAAUGACAAUUAAAGAUUUUUUUAUAAAACUUACAACUGGAAAACUAUCUUCCGAGUGUAAUAUUGACAUCAUCGAUCCGGAAACAAUAAAGCGUAUUGACAUAAGCAAGACACAGAAUACAGCUGCAAUCCAAGUCAGCCCUAACUGUAAUAUUAUAGAAGUUACAACAAAUAAUGCACACCGGACCAAAUUGUAUUUUCCAAACUUCUCCCAAUUAGAAAAAUCAAAUCGCAAACUAAACUUGCAUAGUGAUAUUGUUGAUUGGAUUCAGCAUCAUGGUAGAGAGUGGUCUACACAGUCAUAUACUGAUACGCAAGAAAAGCAAUUUGUUACUUAUUUGACUGAAACGAUUUGGUAUAUAGAUAUGCAUGAUCACAAGAAAUUAAAAGAUC